AUGGAGAACGAAGAGGGAAAGGUUGUUGAUCUGUACGUCCCCAGGAAGUGCUCAGCCACCUCUCGGUUAAUCCCUGCCAAGGAGCAUGGGGCGGUUCAGAUCAACGUUGGGAUGGUCGACGAGGCCGGUCGUUACACCGGAGAGUACACGACAGUUGCGCUGAGCGGCGCUGUUAGACAGCGGGGGGAGAGCGAUGCCUGCAUGAACCGUCUCAUGUGUGAGAAAAAGAUUCUGAGCUUCUCCAAGUAA